GAGGAGGGGCCGCGGCUCGGCGCCCGCGGCUCUGGGCUCCCGGCUUGGCGGCGCGCGGUGCACUCGGGCGGGAGCUGGAGCGUGGCACGGAGCUCGGCUCCCGGCGCAGCCGCCGCGAUGAGAGGCGCUCGCAGCGCCCGGGAGCUUCUCGGCGUCCUGCUCGUCCUGCUCCGCGUCCAGACAGGCGCGUCGCAGCCAUCUGCGAGUCCGGGGCUACCGGCUCCCCCCGCCAUCCAGCCGGCGGAAGCCGAGCUCGUCCUGGACGCCGGCGAGCAGCUCUCGCUCACGUGUGCUGAUCUUGGCUUUGCCAAGUGGACUUUUGAGAGUCUGGGCCAGCAAAGUGAAUACAAGAACUCCCACUGGGUCCGGGAGAAAGCCGAGGCUGCCCACACAGGCCAGUACACCUGCACCAACACAGACGGCCUGAGCAACUCCAUUUAUGUGUUUGUUAGAGAUCCCAAGCAGCUCUUUCUGGUCGGCCUCCCCCUGUAUGGCAGAGAAGACUCAGACACACUGGUCCGCUGUCCCCUGACGGACCCGCUGGUGAGCAACUACUCCCUCAAGGAGUGUGAUGGGAAGCCCCUCCCCAGGGAUCUGACCUUCGUCAUGGACCCCAAGGCCGGCGUCACCAUCAGGAACGUGAAGCGUGCCUACCACCGGCUGUGUGUGCGCUGCACUGCAGUCCGGGAGGGCGUGGCCGUGCAGUCUGACAAGUUCAUCCUCAAAGUGAGAGCAGCCAUCAAAGCCAUACCCAUGGUGUCUGUGUCCAAAACGAGCUCUCUGCUUCGAGAAGGGGAAGAAUUCACCGUGACCUGCACCAUCAAGGACGUGUCCGCGUCCGUGGGAUCCAUGUGGGUGAAGGAGAACAGCCAGCAGAUGAAGGGCCAGGUAAAACGCAGCAGCUGGCACCAGGGCGACUUCCACUACGAGCGCCAGGAGACGCUGACCAUCAGCCCUGCGAGAGCCAGUGACUCCGGGGUGUUCAUGUGUUACGCCAAUAACACUUUCGGGUCCGCCAACGUCACCACCACCUUGAAAGUCGUGGACAAAGGAUUCAUCCACGUCUUGCCCGGGAUGAACACGACGAUAUUUGUCAACGACGGAGAGAAUGUGGACUUGGUUGUGGAGUACGAGGCGUUCCCUGGCCCCAGGCACCAGCAGUGGGUGUACAUGAACCGCACCUCCACGAACAAGUGGGAAGACUACCCCACGUCUGAGAAUGAGAGCAACAUCAGGUAUGUGAGCAAGCUUCACCUGACGCGGUUGAAAGGGAGCGAAGGAGGCACUUACACCUUUCUCGUGUCCAACUCUGACGUCAGCGCCUCCGUGGCCUUCCAUGUCUACGUGAACACAAAACCCAAAAUCCUGACUUCCAGCAGGCUGGUGAACGGCGUGCUGCAGUGCGUGGCGGCAGGUUUUCCGGAGCCCACCAUCGAGUGGUACUUCUGCCUGGGCGCCGAGCAGAGGUGCUCCGCGCCUGUGUGGCCAGUGGAUGUACAGGUCCAGAACACGACGGGGCCGCCGCCCCUGGUGAAGUCCGUGGUCCAGAGCUCUGUGGAUUCGAGCGCCUUCAAGCACAACGGCACGGUCGAGUGUAGGGCUUACAACGACGUGGGCGAGAGCUCGGCUUAUUUUAACUUUGCGCUUAAAGGUAACAACAAAGAGCAGAUCCAGGAGCACACUCUGUUCACGCCCCUGCUGGUGGGCUUCGUGGUCACGGCCAUCAUCAUGUGCAUUAUCGUCAUGGUCCUUGCCUACAAGUACUUGCAGAAGCCUAAGUAUGAGGUGCAGUGGAAGGUGGUGGAGGAAGUCAAUGGCAACAACUACGUGUACAUCGACCCCACGCAGCUCCCCUACGACCACAAAUGGGAGUUCCCCAGGAGCAGGCUGAGCUUCGGGAAGACCCUCGGGGCGGGCGCCUUCGGGAAGGUGGUGGAGGCCACGGCCUAUGGCCUGAUUAAGUCGGACGCUGCCAUGACUGUCGCCGUGAAGAUGCUCAAACCGAGCGCCCAUCUGACCGAGCGGGAAGCCCUCAUGUCCGAGCUCAAGGUCCUGAGUUACCUGGGCAACCACGUGAACAUCGUAAACCUGCUGGGUGCCUGCACCGUGGGAGGGCCCACUCUGGUCAUUACAGAAUACUGUUGCUAUGGUGAUCUUCUGAAUUUUUUGCGGAGAAAGCGCGAUUCGUUUAUCUGCUCGAAGCAGGAAGAUCCUGUGGAAGCCGCCCUGUAUAAGAACCUCCUGAAUUCGAAGGAGUCCUCCUGCAGUGACAGCACCAACGAGUACAUGGACAUGAAACCUGGCGUCUCCUACGUCAUCCCCACCACAGCAGACAAAAGGAGAAGCACUAGAAUUGGCUCCUACGUAGAGCGGGAUGUGAGUCCCGCCGUCAUGGACGACGACGAGCUGGCCCUGGACCUGGAGGAUUUGCUGAGCUUCUCGUACCAGGUGGCCAGGGGCAUGGCUUUCCUGGCCUCCAAGAAUUGCAUCCACAGAGACUUGGCAGCCAGGAACAUCCUUCUGACCCACGGUCGGAUCACCAAGAUCUGUGAUUUCGGUCUAGCCAGAGACAUCAAGAAUGAUUCCAAUUAUGUGGUGAAAGGAAACGCCCGGCUGCCCGUGAAGUGGAUGGCCCCAGAAAGCAUCUUCAACUGCGUGUACACGUUUGAAAGUGACGUGUGGUCCUAUGGCAUCUUCCUGUGGGAGCUGUUCUCCUUAGGCAGCAGCCCCUACCCGGGAAUGCCUGUGGACUCCAAGUUCUACAAGAUGAUUAAAGAAGGCUUCCGUAUGCUGAGCCCCGAACACGCCCCUGCUGAGAUGUAUGACAUCAUGAAGACCUGCUGGGACGCCGACCCUCUGAAGAGGCCGACCUUCAAGCAGAUCGUCCAGCUCAUGGAGACGCAGAUUUCCGACAGUACCCAUCAUGUAUACUCCAACAUAGCCAACUGCAGCCCCAAGCCAGCGCACGCCGCACUGGAGCACUCUGUGCGUGUCAACUCUGUAGGGAGCAGCGCGUCCUCCACGCAGCCGCUGCUGGUGCACGAAGAUGCUUGAGUGGCCUCGGAGGACUGUGCCCCCAUGCCCGUCCCUGAACCCUGUCUCCAGGAGCACACUUUAGUGGCUGAUGAGGUCACUCUGCCCCAUCCCCCACCCCGGCCCCCGGCCCCUUGCAUAGGUUCGAGCUGUACAUAUUAUUCCCGGGCGCAGAGGGAGCCCAGCACCGUGGCACUGGCUCAGUGCCCCAGCAGUCCUUUUCCAAGACUUCCCCAGUUCUGUUUG